AUGGAGCUGACCUCAUUCCUUCAAGUGGCCGCCUUCACUCUCUUGGCGGCCCUCCCAACUGUUCACGCCGGCACCACUUACUACGACAUCCCCUGGAACAUGACAGCCGGCGAAACCUACAACGUCACAAUCGACCAGAAAGUUGAACCGGGGUCUGAAAACGCAAGGACAGCCGAUGCUUAUCGCGUCUAUCUCGCCUUGACGCCGCCCGGAUGGGGCACAGGAGCUUCAUGCUGGCUCCAAUAUCUCAUCCCUGUGGCCGAAACACAAGUCAACAUCACUAUCCCCCCAGACGUGGUUCCUGACAAGACACGCAUUGAAUUAUCAACUGCCCUUGUCAAUUCGAAGCGUCCUCGCAAUCCAAACACUGGGUAUGAUUACAGUGGAAGGUCGAUCAUUCUAGGGGCAAAUGGGACUUGGGGCAAGGCCGAGUUGGAUGGACGAAGCAUGGGCAAUGCUGAUGAAGUUUCAUGUGUGGCCUAUAGCUGUGUUAGGGAUUGCUAUGAUCAGUAUUGGAAGGGAGACAAGGAUGAUGACACGUUUUAUGAGAAAUCUCAUGCUUGCUCGCAGGCUUGUACAAAGGAUUUGAACCCAUCAUUAUCAAAUGCCGUAUCUCUGAACGAGAUGUCGAUUCAGAAUGUGCUGACAGUAGGGUUGGUUGUUGGGUUUGUUCACUUAAUAGCUGGCGCAUUUUAG